CUCACGACUGCGCUGCAUUGGCCAGAAUUGGGGCGGGCGAGUCCUCUACUCAUCAUUUCUUCGUCGAUCAGGAAGCAUCUCCGAACAAAGAAAGGCAAGAUGGCGCUGUGGGAGUGCCUGGGGAAGGUUUCUAAGGGCACGUACAACGGGUCGUCUGCUGCCAUAGACCUGCAUGAAAUUUUUGCAAAGACCCCCCUCGCGACCCGCAAUCACUGCUUACCCGGCGUCUCGUUCAUCUACGACCGACGGCCCGUGCUCCCAGGCUCGGCGACGGGAAAAGCGGCCGUUGCAGGAGAUGCUACGGGGAGACGACGAGGCAAGGAUCCGCUGUGUCGCGUCCAGGGCCGAGGCCGCGCUUGCAGAGCCUUGGCCUUGAGGAACGCCGCCUCCGGCACGGUGAAGCAGUCCGCCGACGCCGAGGGCCGCCUCAUCCCAGCGCCCCAAGCAGACGAUCCCGCCCCCACCGCGGAUGCCUCGCCCAUCGCCGUCCGCGCGGGCGCGAGCCCGGCCACCAUCUCCUGCGGCGGCUCAAGGUCCGUCGGGCUCGUGGUCCGCCGCCUCGCAAACGGCGAUGGCGACGACGUGGAGCCGCUGCUGCUCCAGGACGCGGAGCCGCUGGCCGUGGACAUGUCUCCCCGGACGGAACCUCCACCGUCCGCUGUGUGUGUUACAGAUAGAAGAAGAUAA